AUACUAUGCUACUGUAGUUUAGAGCAUCUCCAAUGCUCGUUGCGAAGGAGGCGUCGACCCGGUGCUUCCUCAGCUGCGCCGCGUUGGAGAACCAGGGGGGGUCGAAGCCGAUGCUUGGCAGAGACCUGGGGCGAAGAGGAGAAAUGGUUGGGUUUUGAUGUUAGGCUGGUCGAUGUGAAUAGGACGUGUAAAGUUACAAAGGGUGGACAAGUUAUCAAAUACACUGCAAUGUUAGCUUGUGGGAACUACAAUGGUGUUAUUGGUUUUGCUAAAGCAAAGGCUCCUGCAGUUCCGCUUGCUCUUCAAAAGGCAUAUGAGAAGUGCUUUCAGAAUCUGCACUAUGUAGAGCGGCAUGAGGAUCAUACAAUUGCACAUGCAAUUCAGACAUCAUAUAAAAAGACUAAGGUGUAUCUUUGGCCAGCUCCUACACAAUCAGGGAUGAAGGCAGGCAAAACUGUGGAGUUGAUUCUUAACUUAGCUGGUUACAGAAUGUGA